UGACGGUCCCGCUGCGGACAUGCGCCGUGCAUGCAGCUGCCACUGGCUGGCUGCCCCGACUGGCUGCUCGUCGUCGACUCCACCCCUUGUGCAGACGGAGCAGGCAUGGCGAGCACCGAAGCUAGAAGGGAGUGUGAGACAGAGGGCUGCAGUAAGGACGCCAAACUUCAGUGCCCCACAUGUAUCAAGCUUGGUAUUCAAGGUUCCUAUUUCUGCUCGCAGGAAUGUUUUAAAGGAAGCUGGGCAUCUCACAAGUUGCUGCACAAAAAAGCAAAGGAAGAAAAGAACCAAAAUGAAUCUAAGAACUGUGUGGAGAAGGAGAUCAACACAGACCCAUGGCCAGGGUACCGCUACACAGGAAAACUACGCCCUCACUAUCCUCUGACUCCCAUGAGACCUGUGCCAGGUGACAUCCAAAGACCUGACUAUGCUGAUCAUCCCAGAGGGAUGUCUGAGUCCGAGCAGUUCUUGAAGGGGACGUCACAGAUCAAGACUCUUUCCCCCGAGGACAUUGAGGGCAUGAGAGUUGUAUGCAAGCUGGCAAGAGAAGUUCUGGACAUUGCAGCCGUGAUGGUGAAACCAGGCGUUACAACAGAAGAAAUUGACCACGCUGUGCAUCUGGCCUGUUUAGCAAGGAACUGCUACCCCUCCCCUCUCAACUACUACAAUUUUCCCAAAUCCUGCUGCACGUCUGUUAACGAAGUCAUCUGCCACGGCAUCCCAGACAGAAGACCCCUGCAAGAAGGAGAUAUCCUCAAUGUGGACAUCACUGUGUACCACAAUGGUUUCCAUGGCGACCUCAACGAAACCUUCUUUGUUGGAGAGGUGGACGAAGGAGCAAAGAAACUGGUUCAGACUACGUAUGAAUGCCUUAUGCAAGCCAUUGACUCUGUGAAGCCUGGCAUUCGCUACAGAGAGCUGGGUAACAUCAUCCAGAAGCACGCUCAGGCCAACGGCUUCUCUGUGGUGCGCAGCUACUGCGGCCACGGCAUCCACAGACUUUUCCACACGGCUCCCAAUGUGCCGCACUAUGCCAAAAACAAAGCAGUUGGUGUUAUGAAGCCUGGCCAUGUGUUCACCAUUGAGCCCAUGAUAUGUGAAGGUGGCUGGCAAGAUGAGACGUGGCCAGACGGCUGGACGGCGGUGACCAGAGAUGGGAAGCGCUCGGCUCAGUUCGAACACACCCUGCUGGUGACGGAAACCGGCUGCGAGAUCCUCACCCGCCGUCUGGAAGAGAACGGACGCGCUCAUUUCCUCAGCCAAAUGUAGACCGGACAGGAACGCACCAAGGACUGGACUUUACCAAACACACACACACCCAGCACUUCUGCAGCUCACACACAAACACAUUCGCACACACAGCACAUCGAAAAAUCAUGAGGCACCGCUCCUGAAGCUCAGUGUAACUGUAGCUCUCAUGGCUUUCUGAAUUAAAUAUCGGUUCCUCAAAGUAAAUGGAAGUACUUGAAUGUGUCUUAUAUCAAAUGUGGAUUACUUUAUUAGUGAAAACUGUAUCCUCUGGAGGAAAUAUAAAAGUAUUUAUGAGAUUUGGUUUUGCUUAGUGGUCAGGAUUGAUAGGCUCGUUCUCACCUCUGGGUCUUGUCAUGCCCAGAGCUGUCACAGGCUGUCUAGUUGUUGUUGUCAGUGGUGGGUGGAGCUCAGGGCAAAUUCAACUAGUACACCAUGCUUUGCUUCUUUUUUUUUCCCCUCAACCUCUGCUAACUUAAUCACAUGUCAUAUAAAUUUAUCGGUUGUGGAGUGAGGAGAACCAGCAAUACUAGAGAGUACAGGGAAACAGAGUCCACAGAAAACCAACAAGCAACUUAAAAUUUAGGCUUAUCAAAUUAAAGUUUGGCCAUGAACCUGCCUUAGUUGCCCGGGAGCUAAAGAAAACAAUCGGUGAUGAGUUGAUUUACUGUUUAAUGGAAGACGAGGCUGAUUAGCUGACUACACUAUGUCACCGUCUCAUUCACCUGUUGACGUGUCCAGUACAAGUGCUGUAACCUAAUUGUUAUGUCUUGAAUGUGGCUAUUAUUAGUGCUCAUCCGGUGAGGAAAUUGGCAACGGUUGCUAGGAGAAUUGUGACGUAGCCUCAAGAGCAUCUGCGCGGUUAUCCAGAAAGACAAUAAAGACCCUGAACCUCUAAGUGGUGGACUUUUUGGCCCUGCUUUGAGAAGUCCUCCUUUGGUGUCUCAUGUUUUCAAUAGCCCCGUUGUAGCAAAUUAAAAUGUGAAUCUAGAAAUUGAAACUAGCCGGCUAUCUCCAUCGGUGGCUCCCCUCUCCUUUUACUCUGCAGUAGUCAUCUCGAUGACGGGAUUUUCCUCGUGCAAGAAGCAGCAUUCGGUAUUUCUAUAUUUUCAGAGGACUAAUGUGAUCAGAGUUUCUCUGCCAUCUUUGUAUUUCUUCUAAUGGAGUAAUAAAUGACUCUUCUGUA